CAGGCGCUAUAUGUCGCUCGUCACUCUGGUGACGGUCACCCGCGCCUUCCUCCGCAUCCAACGUCGCCCGCGUCUCCGCCCAACUCGUCGUUCGCCUCGGCCAUCGUCCUGGCCGUCGUCCGACUCCACCCCGUUGUUUUGAGAAGAGGACACCGACUGUUGCAGGAUCAAGGACGACCAUCACCUACAGUCGCAAAUACAAUGACGCUAUCGCCUAUCGAAAGAUUCAAUAUGCAUCGAAGUGUGAAUGGCUUUCUCAAUUUCGCGAUGGCAAAUAUGAUACAAAAGGGUGAAGUGCAGAUAUUAUGUCCAUGUUUGACAUGGGAAAAUGGAAUUUUGCACAACCCGUUUGAAGGCAGCCUGCUGGCGCACUUGCUCCGUCGUGGUUUCGUUGCAGGUGAUACACGGUGGCCAAAGCAUGGUGAGGAGGAUGUUAGCGAUGAUGGAGGAAACAAUGACGCAGAAAACUCUGGCGAUGAACAGGCAGAGCCGCCAGAAGGAGGAAACAAUGAACAUGCGCAUGGAGAAGGAAAUGAUGAAAUGCCACCCGAACAUGAAGAGGACCAUGAGACUGUCACGCAGGAUAUGUCGUUGGCUACAAUGCUACAAGAUCCUCAUGUUAAAGAUCUGCUUCGGAAGAAGACAACAAGCGAGAGAGCUGCUAUUAAAGAGGCUGUAAAGUUGGCGCAAUUGGAAAUAGACACGAAAACUCCACUGCAUGAAGGUUGCAAUCCCGAGAAAAAGCGCUUGCACAUCACACUCAAACUUCUGGACAUCAAGGCAAGAUUCAAGAGCACAGAUGCAAGUCUGGAUGCUACAUUGAAAUAUUUACACAAAGUUUUGCCCAAGGGGAAUUUUUUGCCUCGCAGUGUCGAUGAGGCAAAGAAGAUUCUGUGUCCGAUUGAUUUGCCACAUGUAAGAUAUCACGCAUGCAUAAAUGAUUGCAUCUUAUAUUGAAAUGAGUAUGCGAACAAAAUAGAGCAUCCAACUUGCAACAACCCCGAUACAGGCCUGGAAAGAAGGAACCUCGGAAGGUUGUAUGGUACCUUCUGUUGAUUCCUCACUUGCAGCGUUAUUUCGCUGACCCAAAGGAGGCAAAGA